UUCCCUGCCACUAUCCACGACGUCGAAAUAUUCCAACGGCACGGCGACGCGUGGUGGCCUCGUUUAAGCUGCGCUACGGACAUAUUAUAUCCAUCAUUAUUUCACCAGUUACCGUCGCACCUUACCUCGGCGAAUUGCUGCAACUUCUCUCGGGCUUUGGUCCCGCUCGGUCUCGUCGAAAAGCGCGAGAAACUCGGCCAGAUCCUCCUGUGAAUCUCUUCCUGCUCGUGGUCGGAUCAACAUGGAGCCUCCAUCGACGCCUCCGACAAAUGGACAUACAAAUGAGCCGCCACCCGUCGAGUCGACCGUUUCAUUCGACCCGGAAUUGUUUCGCACCUAUCUUCUGGCCUUGCUGCCACCAGUGAUUGGCGCGGCACCGGCAGAGCUCGAUUCUCUGUUCGACGACGAGUUCAAUGAUCGCGUUGCACGAUUUAGCUCGGAAGGGGGAGGGGUCAUAUAUGUUGUGAAAGCAAAAGAUGAGGUUGAGGAGGAUGCCGUGCAGACAUAUAGCUACCAGUUAACUCCGCAGUUAACGUAUCACCCUUCUCAUGUCACGACACUGGCGUUGAUUAAACGCGGACCAACACUCGACCCUAUGGUACCUCUAGCUACGCAGCUUCAUUUUUUGAACCUCUUCGGCGGUGACGAGACGCCGUACGAGAGUCUGCACGCAGUGGUCAGCUGUGGUGUCAAGCCAUGGUUUGAUGCGUUUGUCGGCUCUCGUGGUGGAGGAAAGGACAGUGGCGAGGGCAAGAUGGGUAUACCCAUGACCAAGAAGAAAUUUGCUGAACUCGAACUUUCCCUUCUCCAUCUCCAACAAAAUGUAGAAAUACCGGAAACGAACCUAACAAUACAUCCUGUCAUACAACGCGCCGUCGAGCAGGCACAAGCUGCCGGGACACGACCCAACAUCUCCCACAUACCCGCCAAGAUUCUCAAUGACAGUGGAUUCCUCAAUACGCUACAUGGACACGUCAAUUCGUGGAUCAAAGCAAUACAAGCAGUGACGAAACUGUCGAGAGACGUUAGCUCGGGGACUGCGUCACAAGAAAUCAAUUUCUGGCUCAGUCUCGAGCGAGCGUUGGAGGGCAUUGAAGCACAGCUACGGAGCGAGGAAGUGAACAUGGUCAUGGAGUGUCUACGGAAUGCUAAACGGUUCCGCGCCACUGUCAGUUUUGUUGCUGAUACAGGAUUGAAGGAUGCCACGGAUCUAGUGCACAAAUACAAUCAGCUGAUGAAAGAUUUUCCCCUCAACGAACUGCUCUCCGCCACUGACCUUGACAAAGUGCAAGAAUCCCUUAUCCUUAUUUUCGGACACAUUAACCGCAAACUCCGACUCUCCCCCUACCCUAUCCGACGGGCCCUCCCCCUCGUCGAGGCCAUCUCUCGAGAUUUCAAUGACCAACUACUCCGUAUUCUCACCUCACACCGUCUACCCUACACACCUUACGAAACCUUUGACCGUCUGCUUGCGCAGACCAUGAACAUCUUCCGGACGUGGGACGAUUUGAUGAAAGAGUUCACAAAUGUCGCGCGUGAAGUGACGAGGAAGCGCUCAGAGCGGUUUAUACCAAUUAAGGUGAUACCCGCACAUGCGAAGCUACAGGAGAGAACGAGGUAUCUGAGGGACUGGCGGAAGCAGCAUGAACAGCUGGCGGUUAUGACGGGCCCGACCAAAGGCCUUGGUAUGGGCAUGGAGAUAGGAGGGAUGGAUAUGGAAGAAGAGGUCAAGGAAGCAUACGAAGUCGUCAAGCGGAUCGACGUGUUGGAUGUUUCUGUUGAGGGCACUGAAAUCUGGGUAGCUGCCGAGAACGCGUACAAUGAGCGUGUUUCGAGGGUGGAGAACCAGAUAAUCGCGCGGCUGCGAGAUCGACUGGGGACGGCGAGGAAUGCUAAUGAGAUGUUCCGGGUGUUCUCAAAGUUCAACGCAUUGUUCGUGCGACCGAAGAUCCGUGGCGCCAUUCAGGAAUACCAGACCCAGUUGAUAGAUUCAGUGAAAGAAGAUAUCAAGCACCUGCACGAUAAGUUCAAAACCCAGUACCGCUAUUCCGAAGCCUACCAUAUGUCCCAGAUGCGCGAUCUACCGCCUAUCGCUGGUGCUAUCAUAUGGGCGCGCCAAAUCGAACGACAACUUCUCACCUAUAUGAAGCGAGUAGAAGAUGUGCUCGGUAAAGGCUGGGAGCUCUAUGCCGAAGGACAGAAACUACAGUCUGAAAGCAGUGCCUUCCGCAAGAAACUGGACACUCGACCUGUGUACGAGGCGUGGCUGCACGAUAUCGGCCGGCGAAAUAUGGGCGUUGAUGGUCGGCUGUUUGAGAUUGUACGGUUGCGCGGGGCAGGUGCAGGUGGAGCGGUCGCGUACCAACUGGCAGUCAACUUCGAUCCUCAAAUCAUCACGCUCUUCAAAGAGGUACGGAACCUGCUGUGGUUAGGCUUCCAAGUCCAGCAUUCGAUAACGAAUAUGGCGAAAGAUGCGAAGAGAGUGUACCCGCAUGCCGUGAGCUUGAUGGAGACUGUGAGGACGUACGGUCAGACGCUCGAUUUGGUGGAGCGGAAUGGGGGAAUCGAGUGGUUGGUUGCGGAGUAUCGGAAUGAAGCACAGCGAAUGAUCAACAAGGGGAUGAACAUUCGAUGGGACUACUUUGUGAAUCAGUACGACACCGGGCGGUAUGUCACUGGCAGUGACGGACGCGACAAUCGGCAUAUGCAGUUCGUUCGAGAGUUCGCUAGUGUCAUUUCGGUACUGCAGGACAAGACAAACAAUGUCAUCGACUUGUACAAAGAUAUUCUGCACGCUGUUGAAGACCUGGGUACUUGCUCAUAUACCCACGAGGCAUUCUCUGAGCUACUGGGCCGGAUACAGGCUGCUAUUGACAGACUAAACUUGGAAGGCUAUGCAAAUUUGGACCACUGGGUCGCAGAGCUAGACAAGUCGAUCGAGAAGAUUCUUCUGCAGCGGUUAACACAGGUCAUACACGUAUGGUGUCAAGAAUUCGACCGGACGGACGAUGGUGAUACACGGAGGGAUGUUCUGCCCCUGCGAGAUAUCACCAACAAACGGCGGGGGGAUAAGCGCAUGAAGGAAGAGAAGUUUUUGGAGGCCAACAUGACUGUAAAGCCUCUUGUGCAUGAAAUACGGAUACAAAACCAAGUUAUUUUCUUGGACCCGCCGAUAGAGCAUGCGCGCGCUUCAUGGAUCCAUCAGUUACAUAAAUGGCUAGGUGUUGUCUGCCGACUGCAGCGAAUACAAAGCUCUCGAUAUGAGAUUGGUCUGCAAAUGCAAGGAGGCGCUGUUUCAGAAACAACAUAUACGUCUCUGCUCACCCAGCUACAUAAAGAUACCCUAGAACGACCAUUUACGCUUAUCGAAGCCAAGGUUCAACAACUGAAAGAUUACGUGGCAAAGUGGCUUCAAUUCCAGUCGCUAUGGGAUCUCGAAGCUGAAUACGUGUUCAACCGCCUGGGAGACUCAUUAGCGCACUGGCAACAGCUCUUGACGGAGAUCAAGAAGGCACGCUCUACGUUCGAUACCUCCGAUACCCAGAAGAGCUUCGGCGUAUGUGUCAUUGAUUACGAACAGGUGCAGGCACGGGUGAACGCCAAGUAUGAUUCAUGGCAGAAAGAUAUCCUCAGUCGCUUUGGAGUGAAGUUGGGCAAUGCGAUGAAGGAGAUGCAUGCGUCAAUCCUGAAAGCAAGGAAUGAUUUGGAGCAUCAUUCGAUAGAGGGACUCGUUGGCGGGGGUGGGGCAAGAAGGUUCUGAUCCGUUCACUCAUUUGUUUGUUUCCCGUUUUGCAUCUGCAUCGGUUUUCACUGUCUGAUCAUUAUGUGGUUUUUUCUGUUUGCACACUCCUUCACUAUAUUUUGGAUUCUAAUGACCUAUAAUGCUAUUUUCUUUAUAAACUCCUCCUUUCUCCGCUGGCUUUUUAGGUUUGUCGGGAUGGCG